AUGUCGCUGCUGGCAUCUCUAGCGAGUGCCGGCCGUGAUGCUGGUCGUCCUGGAUAUGGCUUGAUCGGCUAUGGCAUUGAGAUGUAUAUCCCUAUCUGCGCAUACGCUUGUCAGUAUUCCUUUGGGUCUAAUCCGUUAGUAUGUACCGACGAAGCCUCAUUUAAUAACUCUGAUAUGGAUGAAAUAAACAUGGGCAGCAGCGGAGACGGAACAGUUUUAUCUCUAAACGUGAGCGCGAUGCCGUCGCCGACCUGCCACGCCGAGUCCGAGCCGUUCCUUACGUCGGUAGCAUGGUGUGUCUAUCAAAAGUGCGACGACGAGCUUGUCUGGAAGAUCGAAAAGUGGUGGCAGUCAUAUGUGGUUGGGAACUCACAAUCAGAUCCACCGCCGUCCCUCUCGUACAGUGCGGCGCUCGCGUUAAUCCCAUCGCAGCCGGACAUCACUUGCUCAAGCGGACAGAUAUUAAACGAGACAAGUAUCGUCAAUGAGACGCUUUACAAUUCUCAAUAUGUCUCUAUAGAUGUUAACCAAAACGUGGAGAUCCAACAUGAAUGCUUCGGUCUAGUUAUCCUUUUAUCUGGUGUCGUAAUCCCCAUCGGUUUUUCGUUAUUGCGCUUUCUUCCCUUCUCGAAACGAUGGGCGAGCGCGCUUAACGGCUGCUUUAUCUAUCCUUCGCUUCUUCGACCUUGGCGUGACUCACCUGUUGCCGCUGUUAUUGGUGACCCGCCAACGCGAGGUCAGGCACUUUUUAUAGGGUAUCUGAUCCUUCUUAACAUAUUUCUAUCCGCAUUCAAAUAUGGCACCCAUCCAGCUGGCUUCCGCUAUUGGUGGAACGACGGACCAGAUGAAAUAAUGGGUGAUUUGGCGAAUCGGCUGGGCGUCCUCUCAUUCGCCAACUUCGCGCUUUUGGUCCUCUAUUCGUCGCGAAAUAACAUACUUCUAUGGUUGACCAACUGGCAGCAUUCAACCUUUGUCCUCCUUCAUCGGUGGGUAGCACGUAUCGCCGUUCUCGAAGCCAUCUUACACUCUCUUAUAUUUCUUCGCGACUGGAUCCAGGAGGAUAGACUUGCGACUGAUCAGGUUUUGCCAUAUUGGUGGUGGGGUUGCAUCGCGACAAUCGCGGCUUCACUUGUCCUACCCCUUUCUAUUCCCCUAUUGCGUCAGCGCAGCUAUGAGCUAUUCCUCGGAAUCCAUAUUGCGGCCUCAAUCCUUAUAUUCUUAGGCUCGUGGUACCACAUCAUCUUCCGAUAUCAACACCAGUGGGGUUACGAAACUUGGCUGUAUAUCGUAUUUGCGGCUUGGGGGUUCGACAGGCUGAUUCGCUUGCUACGCACGCUUCGCAACGGAGUUUGUACUGCAAAUAUUACUGUUAUUGACAAUGAUUAUAUCAGGAUUGACGUCAAGGGCGUUGUCGGGACAGGCCAUGUUUAUCUCUACUUUUUAAACUGGCGCUUCUGGGAAAACCACCCCUUUAGUAUCGCAAGCUCAGUUAUUAUUCAGAGUGAUAUGCACUCUAAUAAAAAGAUUAGCUCGUCAGCCAAGGAUAUUGAGAUUAAUCCUGAAAAAUCAACGAAGAUGGCAGUCGAGGGUUUUGAUCACACUGUCGAGACGGGGAUGGUAUUCUAUCUGCGUAUCCUAGACGGUGGGACUAAAGCUCUACGUUACAAAAGUCAGCUUCCAGUUUUAAUUGAGGGUAUCUAUGGCACUCACGAGGACCUCUCGGAUUAUCCAACCCUAGUGUGCAUCGCAGGCGGUGUUGGUGUAACGUCUGUUCUUCCUUAUAUGCGCGCGCACCUUGGCAACAUAUAUCUGUACUGGGGCUCCCGUACCCAAACACUAGUCGACUCGAUGAAGCCUUUAAUACACAAUUUCAAUGCAGAGAUUUCAGUGGGCCAGCGUUUAAAUCUCCAGUCUAUUCUAGAGAGCCAGCAUAGUGAUUUCGCAGUUGUUGUGUCUGGUCCUCCAAGCAUGAUGGACGAAACUCGUGAAAUUGUUAGCAAACUUGCUGUGAGAAGAAGAGUUAAAUUAGUUGCAGAGUCAUUUACUUACUGA